AUGAAUAUCUCGAUUCGCAAGGUCCUGCUUUCUCCAGAUCACGCCAUUUUUGCUUACAAUACCGAACGAGAAGGCAUGGAAUAUGGUGAAUUGCAUCUGAAGGAUCUCAACCACCGGGAUCAGUGGACGGUUUAUGCUCAUCGAAUUGGGACAUCACAAGAGGAUGAUAUACUCGUCUACGAAGAAAUGGAUGAUACAGCAUUUGUUGAUAUUACGAGCACCAAGGACAUGAAAUAUGUUACCAUUAACAGUAAUACGCUAUCCUCUUCGGAAGUUCGGGUGAUUGACGCAUCGCAUGAUUAUACGACGGCUACCCUGCCCAAAAUUCAAUUAAUCGAACCAAGACGCGAAGGUGUCGAAUAUUAUGUUGAUCAUCAUCAAUCCAAUUUUUAUAUAUUAACCAACGUGCACGGAGCUACCAAUUUCAAGCUUGUGCGUACGCAUGAUACCAACAUGGCCAUGAGUCACUGGGAAGAUGUGAUCCAGAUGAAGCCUACCGAGAAAAUUGAAGACGUGGACUUAUUUCAAAACAAUAUCGUGAUUUACGGGCGGCGCGAUGGGUUGCCCAUGAUUUUAUGCUACGACGUUCACACCCAAGAAACCCACUCGGUCCCCCUCACGGAAAAGUUUUGCGUUCUUUGUCCAGGGACCAAUCAGGAUUUCAAUACGGAUACCUUUCGAUUUUCAUUCACUUCGCCGUUUCAUCACGACAAUCCCGUGUUGAUGCGAUCCUAUGGUGCUUACGGUGUGGCCACCGAUCCUGAUUUCCGUAUCGAGCAUUUUCCUUUAUUAGAGCGCGGAUGGGUCAUUGCUCUGGCACACGUGAGUUUCCGCGAUUUUUCAUCCGUGGCCGAACAUUUGAUUCAGAACAAGUUGACUGCUCCGCAGUAUAUGGCCGGCUUGGGAACAAGCGCCGGGGGCCUACUAGUUGGAGCCAUGACCCACAUGAAACCAGAAUUAUUCAAAGCGCUGGUGCUUCGUGUGCCGUUUGUCGAUCCAUUGUCAGCCAUGCUGAACCCUGAAUUGCCUCUGACACAAGUCGAAUACCCCGAAUGGGGUAAUCCUUCCGCAGACAAAAAGGCGUACGAACUGAUUGAAAAGUAUUCCCCAUACGAAAAUAUCAACAGCAACAGCACGAUGUCCAGUCUUCCUUCACUGCUGGUGACGGGAGGAAUGAAAGAUCAACGGGUUCAGUAUUGGCAACCGCUCAAAUUUGUAGCAAGGUUGCGUCAAGUGUUUGGUGAAAAAUCGAACAAGGUGCUGCUCAAAAUGGAUCUUGACCGUGGCCAUUUCGGGGGCGGAACGGAGCAAGAUGUUCGUUUGCAAGAAGCUGCAGAACAAGUGGCGUUUUUAAUAUCCGAGGUCCAAGAAAUGCGAAAAGAAAAGGGUCAAUAA